ACAUGGUGUUCUAUAUCAAUGCUUCUCAAGGUGGCAGUCCAUAUUUUGCUGCUGGCCCAUGAAUCAUAAGAUGGAGAAUUUCAGGCAAUGAAUGGACCAAAAAUCACCCCCAAUAUGGUAUCAGUCCAUAGCACAUUGACCAUAUGUGAAAUGCUUUUUGCUAGCUUCAGAGGAUAGAGACAUUCUAAAAUUACUUUCCUUCAGCUACACAGAGUUGAAUAGCUGUUUUUGAGGACAAAAUGAUACCACUGGGCAAAAUCAAAAGAACAAAGCAAAGAAUAUUGCUAUGAAAGGCAGCAGAUAACAAAGAUAGUAAUUAGAUGUAACUUAUAAAAGAGGUGUGUCUGUAAUAAAGUUGUUGAUGCCUGCAGAAUAUAUUUUUUUGCCAGACAAUUUCCUUUAAUGUCUGGGAGAAUUGUAGGAGAAAUGGUUCCUUAUAUUACUCCUUAUUUUCCAGCCAUGAAAACAGUGAAUGGGAGCAACUUCUUCCCCUCCUUUUGUUUCUAGAAUAAUUGCUUUAUAAACUAAUUAAACACAGAGUAGAUGGCUAUAGACUCCCAUGCUCAGAUGGAGGAGGCUGGGGUCAUGAGAAUAAGAUGGGAGGGAGGUUCAGCUACCUCAUUACCAAAGCAGCAAGUAAAAGAGCAAGGAGGGAAAGAAAGCAUGCAUCAGCCCUGCACAACGGAUUCCCUUCCCAUCCCUGGGAAUUUUUCCCUCUUCAAGCAAAGGUGAUAACAAUGUUGCAGUUUAUCCCUAGCUACGUGUACUGUUGGAGCAGGAGGGACAGAGGCACUCAGCCUUGCAGUUUCUGCCUCUGAAGAAACAGAAGUGUGCUGUUCUGAUGAAAUCACAUUUUCAGCACCAUGGACAGGGAUUCAAUGCCUUGAGUGCCAGCAAGGAUGGAGUUCAUUGAUCCUGCAGUUCAACCUUGGGCUUCCGACAUCUAGAGGGGAAAGGACCCCAUGCCUUUUCUGAGAAACGCUUGAAAACCAGAGCUCCGUAAACAUGCAUCGGCGGCACACCACCCUCCGAGAGAAAGGGAGGAGGCAAGCCACCCGGGGUCCAGCCUACAUGUUCAAUGAGAAAGGCACCAGCCUGACAGCUGAGGAGGAACGUUUCUUGGAUUCAGCAGAAUAUGGCAACAUCCCGGUGGUGCGGAAAAUGCUGGAGGAAUCCAAGACAUUGAACUUCAACUGUGUUGAUUACAUGGGACAAAAUGCCUUGCAGCUGGCGGUUGGCAAUGAACAUCUGGAAGUCACCGAACUCCUUCUGAAGAAGGAGAAUCUGGCUCGUGUUGGAGAUGCCCUCUUGCUAGCCAUCAGCAAAGGAUAUGUGCGUAUUGUGGAAGCAAUAUUGAACCACCCAGCCUUUGCACAAGGACAACGUCUCACACUCAGUCCCCUUGAGCAAGAGCUUCGGGAUGAUGAUUUUUAUGCUUACGAUGAAGAUGGAACACGCUUUUCCCAUGACAUUACUCCAAUCAUACUUGCUGCUCAUUGCCAGGAAUAUGAAAUUGUUCAUAUACUGUUAAUGAAAGGGGCACGGAUAGAGAGGCCUCAUGAUUACUUCUGUAAGUGCAAUGAAUGCAUUGAGAAGCAAAGGAAAGACUCAUUUAGUCAUUCGCGAUCAAGAAUGAAUGCCUACAAAGGAUUAGCAAGUGCCGCUUAUUUGUCACUUUCUAGUGAAGAUCCUGUUCUUACUGCUUUAGAAUUAAGCAAUGAACUGGCAAGACUAGCCAACAUUGAGACAGAAUUUAAGAAUGAUUAUAGGAAGUUAUCUAUGCAAUGCAAGGAUUUUGUGGUGGGUGUGCUGGAUCUCUGCAGGGACACAGAAGAAGUGGAGGCUAUUUUGAAUGGAGACGUGACUGUACAACCAUGGUCAGAAAAUCAUCGCCCAAGUCUAAGCAGAAUCAAGCUGGCCAUUAAAUAUGAAGUCAAAAAGUUUGUCGCCCAUCCCAAUUGUCAACAGCAGUUGCUCACCAUGUGGUAUGAGAAUCUCUCAGGCUUACGCCAGCAGUCCAUGGCUGUGAAAUUCCUGGCUGUCUUCGGAGUCUCCAUAGGCCUUCCAUUCCUUGCCAUAGCAUAUUGGAUUGCUCCCUGCAGCAAGCUGGGACGUACACUCCGAAGCCCCUUCAUGAAGUUUGUGGCACACGCUGUGUCUUUUACCAUUUUCCUUGGACUGUUAGUUGUGAAUGCCUCAGACCGAUUUGAAGGAGUCAAGCUCCUUCCCAAUGAAACAGCCAUGGACCAUCCCAAACAAAUAUUUAGAGUUAAAACCACACAGUUUUCAUGGACAGAAAUGCUCAUCAUGAAGUGGGUUCUAGGAAUGAUAUGGUCAGAAUGCAAAGAAAUUUGGGAAGAAGGCCCCCGAGAAUAUGUCAUGCAUCUUUGGAACUUGUUGGAUUUUGGGAUGCUCUCAAUCUUCGUGGCUUCCUUCACUGCCAGAUUUAUGGCAUUCCUCAAAGCAUCAGAAGCACAACAUUAUGUGGAUCUAUAUGUUCAGGAUGAGGACCUCAAUAAUGUCACCCUUCCUCCUCAGGUUGCCUACUUUACAUAUGCCAGGAGCAGAUGGCUUCCCUCAGAUCCUCAGAUCAUAUCAGAAGGACUAUAUGCAAUAGCGGUGGUACUCAGCUUCUCCCGGAUUGCAUACAUUCUCCCAGCCAACGAAAGCUUUGGUCCCCUCCAAAUUUCUUUGGGACGGACUGUGAAAGACAUCUUCAAAUUCAUGGUCAUUUUUAUUAUGGUGUUUCUUGCUUUCAUGAUUGGAAUGUUCAACCUUUACUCCUACUACCUUGGUGCAAAAUACAACCCAGCAUUUACAACGGUAGAAGAAAGUUUUAAAACCUUAUUCUGGUCCAUAUUUGGUUUGUCGGAGGUAAUAUCAGUGGUGCUGAAGUAUGAUCACAAGUUUAUAGAAAACAUUGGCUAUGUGCUUUACGGCGUCUAUAACGUCACCAUGGUGGUUGUGCUCCUCAACAUGUUAAUAGCCAUGAUCAACAAUUCCUAUCAGGAAAUUGAGGAGGAUGCAGAUGUGGAGUGGAAGUUUGCACGUGCAAAGCUCUGGCUCUCAUAUUUCGAUGAGGGGAGGACUCUACCUGCUCCUUUUAACCUAGUGCCAAGCCCUAAGUCGUUUUAUUAUCUCAUAAUGAGAAUUAAAAUGUGCCUCAUAAAGCUCUGCAAAUCCAAGGCCAAAAACUGUGAAAAUGAUCUUGAGAUGGGCAUGCUGAAUUCUAAGCUACGGAAAGUUCGUUUUGAGUCAAGUAUUCAAAACUCAGACUUUUCUGUGAAGAAUGUCUACAACAAGCCCACAAGAUAUCAGGUGGCAACACUACUUCCCAAUGGAUUCUACCACCAUGGCCAUCUCCAGCAUAUAAAAAUAAUGAAGAGACUUAUUAAGCGAUACGUUCUGAAAGCUCAGGUGGAUCGAGAGAAUGAUGAAGUGAAUGAAGGUGAACUCAAGGAGAUUAAGCAAGACAUUUCGAGUCUCCGCUAUGAGCUUCUGGAAGAAAAAUCACAAGCAACUGGAGAGUUGGCGAGCCUAAUACAGCAGCUGAGUGAUAAGUUUGGAAAGAGUUUGAAUAAAGACAUUUGAGGAGGACAAAUAAGGACAAAGGAGAAAAAUAUUAUUUCAACCAGCAUUUAAAGGAGAAGAAUUUGUUCAAGAAAAGAACACUGAGGAUUACAUUAUGAUUAUUAUGGAAAACUGAUUAUUGAUGAUUUUAUGGGAACUGUGCAUUAGUUUGGUUUAUUGGGUGAAGCCAAUGAUCAAUUCCUUUAUGAUAUAAAGCUGUUGGGUUUUUUCUUAUUGAA